UAAUAAUAGGUCCAUACAGUGGAAAUUGACAUCAUUUCGACGCUAACAGUUUUCAAGUCGGCUUAAACAGCGAUUGUCAAAAUGGCGUUUCUAAUGCUCUUCCUUGCAGCAUUAUUUGCCUUCACAUCAGCUGCUUAUGGCUCCUGUACAGAUAAUUCUGCUUACUGCUCAUCAUGGAAGAUGAUGGGAUUUUGUGACAAGUCGUCAAAAUGGUCAUCAUAUAUGCAAAAAUAUUGUGCUAAGACAUGCGAGUACUGCACCGAUAUUCCCCCACCUCCUCUUCCAACUCAAGACCCUUAUCCUGAUUGUAAGGAUGGAUUCAGCUAUUGUUCGUCUUACAAAGCAUAUUGUCAAGAUACCAAUUACGUCUCAUAUCUGCAAAAGUAUUGCAAACGGACAUGCAAUUAUUGCCAUAUAACUACACUUCCACCACCAACAACAAAGCCUGCAACUACCAAAUUUUGGACACUUCCAAGCGAAUCUGGCAAUCUUCAACCUGGAUGUGGUAAGAAAGGUCCUGGCCACACAAGAAUCGUUGGAGGAACCGCUGCAAAACCGGGUGAUUGGCCUUGGAUAGUCACUUUUGACUAUAAAUACAACACAGGGAACCCAGGGCAUCAAUGUGGUGGAACACUUAUUACAGAUGAAUGGAUUCUCAGUGCUGCCCACUGUUUCUAUGACGACAAGGACAAGUCUAACUACUGGCUGACAAUAGGUGAGCAUGACUUGAAAACAGAUUCAGGACAUGAACAGAAGAUUCCAAUAGCAGACUUGAUAUUCCAUCCAGACUACAACCCAAGCAAUUAUGACAAUGAUCUUGCACUGGUGAAGCUAUCAAGAAAAGCAACAAUCAAUGACCGUGUCAAAACAGCUUGUCUCCCUGAUCAGAACACAACAUUUUCAAACGGUACAAAGUGUGUCAUUGCUGGCUGGGGUCUUCUUGAACAGUACGGACGGGGACCACAGAUUUUGCAGCAAGCCCAAGUGCCUCUCAUUGAACGUUCAGUUUGCAAGGCAGCAUUCCCCCAUCAUUUGGUAUCCAACAAUAUGAUUUGCGCAGGGUAUGCUGCAGGUGGAAUUGAUUCUUGCCAGGGGGACAGUGGUGGUCCACUAGUUUGCAAGCGGGAUGAUGAUACAUGGUUCUUAUGGGGUGUCGUGUCGUGGGGUGUUGGUUGUGGCCGUAAAGGCAAGUACGGUGUUUAUGCCAGAACACAGGUUCUGAGAAGAUGGGUCGACCAAGUUGUGUUUACAAAUAACUAAAAGCAACAUCAAAGAGAAGAACUGUUCUUAAAUAAAAAUUGUUUAUGAAAUUGCCAAUGUGUGAACCAAA